AUGCCCCGAGGUCUGCCGUGCUGGCGCACCUGCUCAAGAGGCGCGAGCCGGCCGAGGACGGCGCGGGGAAGAAGGCGAGCACGUCUCAGGGCGAGCUGGCCGUCGUCUCCUGCGUCGCGAUUUUCGCGUACUUGCGCGAGCACGCGAGGACGCGCGGCACCAAGAGCGGCCCGCCAGCCGCCUCUGCUGAGCAGAUCCUGCAGGCUUCCCUGGAGGGCCUGCGGGAGGCGAACCCGGCUGUGCGGCGCCUCCACGUGGAGAUCCUUGUUCGCAUGUGGCCCCUCUGCCUCCCCCCCUGGGCGCGCCGCCGACCAUCGUCCCCAGCAUCCUCCAGUUCAUCAGCCAGGAGAGAGCACCUCCGACUCCGCGCCGGUGCGCUCCGCGCUGGCGCUCCUCUGCGGCGCCGUGCUGCGGACCUUCCGGUGGGGCGGCGCGCGGCAGCCGCCCGCCGGGGCGCCGAUGCCUCAGGGCCUGCAGUGCCCCCACCUGGCGAGCAUCGUGCCGUGCCUGCUGAAGCUGGGGAAGGAGACGGCGCAGCCGGUGCGGUUGUGGAUGCUUCACGGUCUGCACCUCGCCAUGCAGGCUGCCCCGCUCGAGUUCUCGCCCUUCCUGAAGGAGACCCUGCGGCUCGCCACCGCGCACCUGCUCGCGGACUUCUUCGAGUCUCCUCUGGUGCUCUGGACGAUCGGCGAGCUGGUGCACUCCGCGGCCCUCAUACCGCCCACGGAGGCGGACGUGGACAACCCGAGUCUCAGGGAGCACCAUACGCAGCGCAUCCUCGGUUUGUGGGCCGUGCUGAAGGACAUGAGGCACGCUGAUGCUGGCAGCGCAACGGCGUUCGCGACGGUGCGGACAGAGGCGCUGUGCACACUGGCGGCGCAGUCCGUGAUCCAGCUGGCCCCGCGGGCGCCGAACCAGGUGAGGUGCAUCUCCGAGCUGCUGAGCACCAAGCUCGCGCCGCCGGUGCGCGGCGGGUCGCUCUCCGCCGCGGCGCGGGCGGCGGCGGUGCGCUGCAUCACCGAGCUGGUGGGGAUGGAGGAGUGCCUGGGGCAGGCCGCCCCAAUCACGAGGGACCCCUCCCAGCUCUUCGCGCUCCUGGACGGCGGGCACCCGGACGAGUCCGAGGCCGUGCGGCGGCUGGUGCUCGCCCUGGUGAGGCGGCGGGGCCUGCGGGAGCUGCCUGUGUGGCUGCAGACGUUCAAGGAGACGAUUCUGGCGCUGCCGAGGGGCUCGGCUCCGCUGCAGACGAGGGAGAGCGCGGUGCAGGAGAGCGGCGGAGGAGCAGGACGCGCACGACGACGGCGCCUCCAUCGCCAGGCAGGCGAGCGCAGCGGCCGGGGCCGAGGAGAAGCACCGGCCGCCGAGCGGCGCCACCAAGGCCUUCGCGGUGGCGUGUCUGCACACGCUCCUCGAGCAGGCGGACCCCGCGGACGCGGGCCACUUCCAGUGCGAGGUGCCCGCGGACGCUGCGGCGGCCGGCGGCCGCUCCGCGGGCACGGCCGCGGCCGCCAGCGACGGCAGGCUGGUGAGCCACCUGGAGACCCUGGUGGCUCUGGCAGCGCACGCCUCCGGCUCCGACGAGCCAUCGCUGGCCGCCGCAGGGCUGAGGCUGGCGCUGCUCAUCGUGAGCCGCUUCCGCCUCACCCGAGACGUGCAGGGCCAGGUCGACGAGGAGGAGUGCCCGCUGCUGCUGGUGCAGUUUGA